AUGGGUGAUAACCUGGAUAAAAUAUUUUCUAAGAAGGAACGAUUUUUUAAAGAAAUAAUUGAAACGAAUUGCAUAUUCGUGAAGGCGCUAAAGAACUGGGUUGGGACGAAUUACAUCAAGAGGUUGAAUCUAAAAAAGGAGUCGCUCAAUCUGACCCCCAAGUUGUUGAUAAACCGGACGAAGACAAAGGCCAGCCGCUGUCGAGUAUGCGGGUUUGCAAUCGAAAAGAACAACUUACGCAUAGGUUACCCGACGAAAGACCCCAGGGGGAAUUACGGUUUUAUAAGUUGCUGGGUCCACCUGGACUGCAGCAGAAAAAUCCUGUACGCCAUUUUGUAUACGCAAGAAAAUGAGCCACAUUUGAAGGCGUACCUAGACAACCCGGAACAAAAUGUGUGUGAGGGUAACUACAAUUUACAUGAACGGUUCAUAUAUGAAAAUAUCAAUUGGGAAUUUUUUUUUGGAGGAUUUGACGAACUGGAUGAUGAAGAAAAGGAAAAGUUAAAGGAAACGACAAAGCCGUGUGAAAUAAAGAAUGGGAUGAGGUGGAGGAACAGUUUUGAAGCGUUGAUAAAUCAGGAGAAGGAAGCAUUUAGCUCAAGCAAUUUAAUUAAGCAAGAAAAUCGUGUUAUCCUAAAUAAAUUAAAAAUUCCAAAAGAGCUUAAAUUUGAUUUGUUGGAAUAUCAGAAGGAGGGAGUGUCAUGGAUGAUUCACCAGGAACAGUCCAGCGUUAAGGGGGGUAUUUUGGCUGAUGAAAUGGGUAUGGGAAAAACCAUACAGGCCAUUACUCUAAUUUUGUGCCAGAAAAUAAAUAAAUUAAAGGAGGAAGAGGAGGGACGCUGUCAGCGAGGCGUGGGCGAGUUGGCAAAAAUGGAGUGUGCAGCGGGUGUUCAGGUCAAAGUGAAGGAGGAGUCAGAUAGCAGCGUGGUGGUCAUUAGCAGCGGAGGCGGCAGUUCCGAGGAUGUAGCGAGUGUUAAGAAGGAAUACGCUGACGAGGUAAAGACCAAGAAGGAGGCACCGCGAAAAAGGGGCACUGCCAAGGCGGAACCUCUUCACAAGGGCAAGUGCAAGAGAGAAACUUCGGAAGAUUCUCCCAACGCUAAAAAAGAAGAGGAGAGCCAAGGACAAACACUCAUCAUUGCCCCCAUUGCAGCUGUAAUGCAGUGGAAAUCUGAGAUAGAAAAAUUCAUCGAGAGAGAUAUCCUAAAGGUGUACGUAUAUCAUGGAAGCAUGAAAAAAAUAUCAUUUGAAGAACUGAAAAAAUAUGACAUCAUUAUUACGUCUUAUGCCAUGGUAGAGGUACAAUUUAGAAAAAUAAUUAACAAGUAUAAAGUUUCCUGUGAGUAUUGUGGCAGGUUAUAUCUCCCCAAUACGCUGGUGAUUCAUAAGAAAUACUUUUGUGGUCCAGAUGCCGUCAGAACGGAAAAAUUAAAAAAGAGGAAAAAAAAAGACAAAGACACUGCACUAGUGGCUAUGAAAAAGUUUGAUGAUAAUUUUGUACCGACUCCAAGAAAUGUGCUUCUGCAAAUAAUGAAUGAAAGUAAAAGGGAGAGUGAGGUGGUCAAAAGUGAAGAGGCCAAUGUGACAAAGGGGAAGAAGAAAAGUGUUAACCCCAAAAAAGGGGACGAUCAAAUGAGCGGAAGAAGUGACAACGGGGAAAGCGAUGUCAUUAUUCUGAGCUCGGGGGAGGAGGCCCAAGAAAGCGACAGCAGCUCAGAGUCGAACAAGCAGGUGUAUUCCCCCCUGACGAGGAAAACGUCCAGCAGAGUAAUAGACCUGUGCAAUUUAGGAUUCGAAAAGGAGGUAAUUGACAAGAGGGUUAACAGCACACACAAGGGGAAGGGAAGAAAUAAAAAAAACAUAAAAUGGAAUGAAGUCAUUAAGGAUAUAUUACAGAACGAUCUGUACACCGUCGAUAUGAAUGGUCGCUGUAAGGAGGUGUUGCAGGAAAUUUAUUUAAGUGAUAGGGCUUUAGAAGAGGAGCAGUUGAAGAAGUUAAACAUGGGGGAACUGAAAGUUUUGCUGAUAACGAUGGGGAAACAUGUUUUUGGAACGAAGGUUGAGCUGAUCAACAGGGUUUUAGUGUCGACCAAGUAUAUAAGACAAGAACUGUUGGUGGGAAAGGGGGAAGUGCCGAGUGAGGUGCCGUCUAAAUUGGAAGGAAGAGAGAAGAGGGCGAUUAAUAGUAGGAGUAGCACCGUUUCUAGCGCAUCAGCAUUGGGGGUGACGCGUGGUGGAACUGGCUCUGAUGUGGGUGAUCCCCUUGAUGAUGAGAAUAACGGUGGCGAGGAAAAGGGAAUGACCAAGAAGAGCAAAAGUGGCCGAGUACGUCAGGGGGGGGCGAAAGGUAACCAUGGUAGGAGGAAGACAACGGGGGGCAGUACGUGCACGUUGAGGAAAGCCAAGGGGGCCAAGUCCACAGCUAAGAGGAGAAGCAGUUUGACCGCCAAGGUCAAUUUGAAACGGAGAAGGAAAAGCAAUAGUGAUGUAGUGGAUGCAAGUGUUAGCCCAAGUGACAGUGAUGAAUCGUUUAGGAUAGAUCAGGUUGGUAAAGAUGGAGCAGCAUCUUCGUCUUUUUGUUCCUGGAAGAGCAAAGGUGUGAAGGAAGAGACAAGCGAUUCGUGCGACUCAACCGGAUCGUACGGUUCGAUCAUUGUUGAAAAGGUGCAAAGGAAAAGGAAAAGUCAGAAAAGUGACCAACCCAGCAUAUUUGAUGAGAGUGCUUUACACCAGAUACAGUGGAACAGAAUAAUUCUAGACGAAGCACAUAGAAUAAAAAAUCGCAACACAUCAACAACGCAAUCGAUUUUCAAUUUGAAGUGUUCAGAGUAUCGUUGGUGUUUGACAGGAACUCCUUUACAAAACAGAAUCGGAGAGUUAUAUAGCUUAAUAAGAUUCCUUGAGUUUUACCCCUACGCAUAUUAUUUUUGUUCAAAGAAAGAUUGUAAAUGUAUGUUAUUAAAUUAUGAAAUGAAGGACAAUAAAUUUUGCUUCCUCUGUGACCACUCGAGGAUUAAUCACUUUAAUUAUUUUAACAAAAGGAUUUUGAGGCCUAUACAGUUGUUUGGUUAUAAUGGGGAAGGAGUGACGAGCAUGUGUUAUUUAAAAAGUGAAGUGCUAGACAAAAUUUUAUUAAGAAGAACGAAAGGGGAAAGGAAAAAUGAUAUAAAAUUGAAACCAUUACAUAUUAAAAUUAGGAAGGAUAAAUUAUCAAAUGAGGAAAAGGAUUUUUAUGAAUCUCUUUACAAACAGACGUCAACCCAGUUCGAUGCAUAUGUGAAGUCGAACACCGUUUUACACAACUAUGCACAUAUAUUUGAUUUGUUGAGCAGAUUAAGACAAGCUGCAGAUCAUCCGUACUUGAUUUUAUUUGGCAAUUCUUUCCUUAGUGACCCGUCUGGGAAAUUUAUAAAAAAAAAUUCCUCCAUCAUCCCAGCGAUUUCUAACGACUACGUGUGUGGCAUCUGCUUAGAGAAUGUGCCCAAGAAGAUCAACAUCAGUACCAAGUGUAACCACAAUUUCCACAAGGCCUGUUUGAAGCAGUACAUCGAGAGCUUCCAGGAGGGGGGAGGCGGCGACGUUUGCGGUGGUAACGUUUGCGGUGAUGAUGAUGAUGAUGGUUGUCGUGCGCCCGCCCCCGGCACAGUGACCAAGGCACACACGUUCCAUUGGGGGGCCGAGUCACGGGACAACGGAGACAGUCACUACGACAGAAACGAAAUCGUAUUCAAUGAAGAGCCUUCCCUGUGUAGUGCCACAAACGAAGCAGAUGGAAACAAGUUAAGUAAAAAAGCGAAAUCCAUUUCAGUGGUCAAAUUUAAAGAUAAGGAAAAGAAACAAUUCAUUAGUCUGUUAAGUAAAGAGGACACAGGUGUGGAGGAUCUACCUUUGGGGUGUCCAGUGUGUUAUGUGCCCCUAACGGUUGAUUUUAAUUUGCUCAACCAAGUGGAAGAACAGGAUGAUGAAGAAAUGAUCCUUUGCAAAGAGGAAACUACUUAUAUUAACAAAAGUUUUAUUAACCGAAUUAAUACAAACGAGUAUCGAACAAGUACAAAGAUAGAAGCGGUCUUUGAGGAAGUACAAAAUGUGAUUGAUAAGACAGAUGAUAAAUGCUUAAUAUUUUCGCAGUACUGUUCCAUGCUUGAUUUGAUUGAGUACCAUUUGAAGAAACACAACAUCAUAUGUUCGAAGUUGCUGGGUUAUAUGUCCAUGGUGUCUAGGAAUAAUAUUCUUUAUAACUUUAAUGAAGACAAACAUUUGCGAGUUUUGCUCAUCAGUUUGAAGGCAGGUGGAGAGGGACUAAAUUUGCAAGUGGCCAACCGUAUCUUCAUCGUUGACCCGUGGUGGAACCCCGCUGCUGAGUUGCAGGCCAUUCAGAGGGCCCAUCGUAUUGGUCAGACUAAGACUGUGUACGCCACACGCUUCAUCAUAGAGAACACCGUUGAGGAGAAAAUCGUGCAGCUUCAGAAUAAGAAGCAGCUCGUGUUUGACUGCACUAUUGGGGACUCAGGCAACGCGAUGCAGAAGUUGACCAAGGAGGACUUGGCUUUUCUCUUCCACGCGUAG